AUGGAGCCUUCCCCGUUCAAUAUCACCGAACAUGUUAUUGAUGGCCAGCAUAUCCGAGAGUAUGCCCGCGCGUCUCGAAAUACCAACGAUGUACUAAAGAUUGCCGUCAAGCAAUACACACCAAAGUCGAAUCCAGAUCCCCAACCUGGUGAUGUGACCAUCAUUGGAGCUACUUCUGUUGGAUCCCCUAAGGAACUAAAUCAGCCGCUAUGGGAGGAGGUGUAUGAAAGGUUAAGCCGCCAAGGACUUCGAAUUCGCUCUAUCUGGAUUGCAGAUUCAGCCCAACAGGCUGAGAGCGCGGCCAUCAAUGCGGAAUACCUAGGGUUUGAGCCAUCAUGGUUCGACCACAGCCGAGACCUGCUUUACAUGAUCAAUAAAUUCAAGGGCGAUAUGCCGAAACCUAUUAUUGGUGUUGGACAUAGCAUCGGAGUUGGGCAACUAUUGGGUCUAACUCUGAUGCACCCCCGGCUUUUUACUUCCCUUAUCCUUAUAGAACCAGUAAUAGCAAAGGAUUUUGCUUCGGGAAGAGGUCCAAUUUUUGGGAAAUCAGCCCUGAUCAAGAAGGAUACAUGGAAGUCCCGUACUGAAGCAGAAGCCUAUUUUAAAAAGGCAUUCAAAGGAUGGGAUUCACGAUGUCUUGAUCUCUGGCUCAAAUAUGGCCUUCGAGACAACACCGCCGAAACCGAGAACCCCGAGUCCGCAGUCUGUCUAGCCACCACAAAGGAUCAAGAGAUUGCACAGAGCUUACGCCCCAACUUCGUCGGCUUGCAACCCGGCAGCAACCAUUCGGAUUACUUACACGAUCCCACAUUCUGGACCGAUGUGACAGGUCAUUCGGAAACACUUCCGUUCUACCGCUAUGAACCGAUCUUGUUAUGGAGACUACUCAAAUACGUCCGGCCAUCGGUACUAUGGAUCUAUGGUGGGAAGAGUAUCAUGGCAGGACCAGAACAACGUGCAGAGAAGAUACAGCGGACUGGAACAGGGGUGGGGGGUAGCGGUGGGCACAAGAAUGGCCGCGUCAAGGAGAUAGUGAUACCAAAUGGUGGACACUUUGUUCCGUUCGAGGAUGUGGUAGCAGUUGCUGGACCUACUGCUGAAUGGAUAAAACAAGAGACAGACAGAUGGCAUGAGGAAGAAGAACGGAUCAAGAAGGGGUGGCUGGAACUGACCGCUAAGGAGAGGUCGUCAAUCCCAAAUGAGUGGCUUGCGCAGAUGGACAAAUACAUCCUGAAGGGGACGACGCGUGAAGCGCAAGUGAGGGCGAAGCUGUGAGCAGGAUUGAGUUGUCACCAAAAGCAGGGAGAUGGGCCAGUGUCAGUCAGUGCGCC